CACGGGGAGACGGCAAGGUUGACAGCUCACAGGACGACGGCAAACAGGCAAACAAAACUGGAAUGAUCCAACAGAGACAAAGGAAACACUGGGGUUAAAUUCAGGAGGUAAUGAGUAACGUGGAACAGGUGAGACAUCAGGUGGAUCACAUUAGGGCGGGGCUGGACAAUCAGAGAAAGAAAGUGAAGCUAGACAAGAAUUGACACGACAAGACAGGAAGCUGACUAUCAAAAUAACAGGAAGUAGAACAAACAGACACUUACCGGGAAUCACAAGACAGAACCACACAGGACCGGGGAGAAAACAAAGAAACAAACACAGGGAAGGCCAAACGGGGAAAAUAACCCCCAACAAAACCCCAAACCACAACAAUUGGAUCAUUAUAAGACAUUUGCUGAAUCUUAAAAGCUCUUGCAAUGCUACACCACAAGGUAUUGCUUUUUGUGGUUUUGGUCUCAGUGGAUCAUGUAUCCUUUGCUGAUCAUACAUCCCUAGUUGAAGCUGAUCAUUCUUCAGUUACAGCGAAAGAGAAGCACACCAUCACAGAAGCCACAAAGGAUGUUAAGAAGACUCCAACACUCACCAUGACAAACUUUGAUCAUUUGGAAAAAUUAAGGAAGAGGUCGACAUAUGUUGCAGGGAGCUGUAAAGAGAUCCGGGACAGAUAUAAUGAACAAGAAGAUGGAUUAUACUAUCUGACCACUGCUAAUGGCAUGGUCUAUCAGACCUUUUGUGAUAUGACCACAGCGGGAGGCGGCUGGACGCUAGUGGCGAGCGUCCAUGAGAACAGUGUAUAUGGAAGGUGCACAGUGGGUGAUCGCUGGUCGAGUCAGCAGGGCAACAAUGCUGAACUUCCAGAUGGAGAUGGGAACUGGUCCAACAGAAACACCUUUGGAGCAGCAGAGGGCGCCACCUCGGACGAUUUUAAGAAUCCAGGUUACUAUGAUGUAGUAGCAGAGGACAUGUCUGUGUGGCACGUUCCCAACAACUUUCCACUGGAACACUGGAACCAGGCAGCCAUCCUCCGCUACCACACUGACAACCACUUCCUCAGCCUGUAUGGAGGGAACCUCUUUCAGCUUUUCAAGCAAUAUCCAGUGAGAUACAACGUUGGCUCCUGCAGCAACAGAGGGCCAGCUAUUCCCAUUGUGUACGACCACGGAGACAGAGUGUCGACCAGAAUGUUGUAUGGACCCAAUCCUAGAGGGGAGUUUGAACCAGGUUUCAUCACAUUUAGAGCAAUAAACAAUGAACGUGCAGCCAUGGCUAUCUGCUCCGGGGUCAAGCCGAUCACGGGAUGCAACACUGAGCAUUACUGUAUAGGAGGAGGUGGAUAUUUCUACCCUGACCAGUGUGGGGACUUCCCAUCCUUUGACUGGGACAGACUGGGAAGGGAGCAAGGCUGGAGCGCUUCCAAAGAGAUGACUGAGUCUGCGGUUUUACUGUUCUACCGCUGAGAGGGUUAUUUGUACAUAUUUGUGAUGUUUUAAACAUUUGAGUAUUAUGGCAUGUCAGUUCAAACAUCACAGUUGUAGUCAACUAGAUUUCAAUUACGGUAAAAUCAGGUUAAUUUGUAAAGCUCCUAAUCACAUUGUAUCUAAAUUUUCUUAGCAGGAGCCUUGGGUUUCUGCUUGUGUUGUUGUUUGUAAAGAAGAUCUAAUAUUGCAGCAAACAGGCUUUUGUAAUUAAGUUGCACACCAGCAGAUGGCGCUAUAAAUUGCAUAUUAAAAUAAAACACUAAACUUUG